UUACCGUUUCAUUGCUGCUCCAGCUUCGGAAUGGCAGUUGGUUUUUAAAGGAAUGGCGGGGACCGGAUUUGGGAUAUAUGACAUGUGGACAACAACAUCUUGGGACGAAAACACGAUGGGUGUCAGUGGGAGUUGGCGGGAUGAAUCGCUGCAUGAUGCCUGGAAAAGUGGAGAACUGAAUGUUACACGAGUAAAACUGUCCGUGCGUGAUUUCGAGGGGCGCAGAGCUGACCUAAUAUUCAACGGUACCGGGACGGAUAUCCAUAACUGGUUCACCCAAGAGCGCCUCAUCUCAAGCCCCUGGGAAGACGUGAAAUCAACCACACCAAACUACUUCAGCACUGAAGGGUUUGCAGCAAAUGGACGAAGAUUCUACAUGAGUAAAAGCCACUAUGCAUGUACUUACGACAGAGGCUGGUUGGUCGUGAAAGAGUCCCUAGUCGGUGGCGAUUGCGACUGGGAGAAAAAUUCGACGGAGUAUCCGAGCUUCCCACUCAUACUGUACAGCAGGUCUACAAUUGCUGCAAGGUGGAGAGUCAUGUUCUAUACAGGUGACGUUACGGUUGGACGCGCGGACUUUCUCACCAUUCACGUGGAUACCGAGUAGAGAUAACGAAGGCUCACGU